AUGGGAUAUUCUUUACGGCACCUACAUGAGACUAGAGUUGAUCAAAGGCUUGAAUCGAUUGAAAAAGCUAUGAGAAAAAAUCAUGGUAUUGAACAUUCAGAAAUUAAAAAUAUUGUUGACUCAGGAAGUUUGAGUCUUCCUGCUUUUAUAGCCACUGCUGGAACCACGUUAAUUAUUGGGUAUGGCUUAGGUUGGCGAGGUGGAAGGUUGUACGCACACAGACAAAUCAGAAGGGAGCAAACGAAAUUUAUGGGGCAAAUAAAACAAAAAGUUGGCAAGUACUUGGGAAGGUGAAACCUAGAAGGGGUCGCAAUUCCUGUUCCUUAGAAGGCCAUUAGACAGUGCAAAAGCUCCAGAGAGUGCAAGUAAAGC